CGAAAGCUGGAUCCGCCCCUGCUAUCAUAUUAACUUGUUCCAUUCUAAUUUCCUGUUUCCUUAUGCCUCAUUUCCUUCCCAUUCCCGAGAUAAAUACCUGUUCUAUUUUCCAAUCUCUUAUAUAUAUAUAUAUUUUUUAAAUCCCCAUCAUUUAUUAGUAUUUCGCGAUUGUUCUUUCUCACUGUAGUAUAUAGGCCGACAUCAGUCGCUUCCUUUUCCUCUUUCAUUCCCUUUCUUCUUUCCAUGUUCUUUCUUUUCCUUUUCUUGUCCAUUUUCUUGUUUUCUUGUUUUCUUCUUCCUUUUGUUUACUUUUCCCUUUCUUUCUUUUCUCCAUUUUUCUUCCAAUUUCCCUUCCCCAAUGCAUGCGUUGAAAUAUGACGUGAAAAACAUGAACACAAUCAUCGUACACCAUAAAGAUAAUGUCGUACCCGCAAAAAUAUGUACGUGAAUGUUUUGCUCAGCUAGCGAGCGUGGCCAAUGGCGGUCGCAGUAUAGUGCAAUGUAUCCCGUGGUUCAACCAAUCUUGCAUCUUGUCGCACGAGGAAAUUUGUAGCCAAAAUUUUCACAGAAACAUCUCCAAUACGUUUUCAUGAAUAUACGUUUACAUGAACCUCAAAACAAACUUAAGUAACAUGUGAACUACAGGUUGGAGGGACAGCAUAAGGGUAAGUAAGUCCACAUAUUUUUGUUUACAAUGUUACCGUUGCCUGUACUGUGCUCCUCGCCGAACUCGCUGGGGGAGAAACUCGACGGAUACCAUGCUAUAACAACGACUGGCGAGCGUACACACGGAGUUAGCAGACUACGCUCGCAGGGAUAUUUCGGGUUGGUAAAAGUGGAAUGGCCAGCGAUCGACGAACAGGGGGGAAAAUCAGUCGUGGACAAUAGUGGGCGCUAUGUGAGUGCUCGUAAAUUCAGCAAAAUGCUGUUUAAAUUCAGCGAGGAAAAUGAUUUCAUUUCUCAGUGUUUAUUUAAAAUUUUAAUAUUUCCAAGAAGAAAUUCUGUCAAUUUCUCAUUGAACUAUUAUCAGCGAUUGUUAUUCAAUGGAAAAGAUCCAUUCAAGUGGAAUUUUUGUAUCCUUUACCAACACUAUCCACGAGCUUUAAUGUAUCAGAAAAAAGUUGGAAUAUACCGCCUUUCUCCUCCCCUCUCUUUCUCAUUUUCAUGUCCAAUCACAGAGCUAGAGAGAUACUAGUACCGGUACACUAUUUUGGGCUCAUUGCACUUUUUUGACCGGGGGAACCAUCUAUAGUAAAAUAACUACGACUAGAUUAUGUGUUAAAGGUGCACUUCAUUCACUCGCUUAAGUACUAGGAUGAGCACCCAACAACCGUCGUGUGGUGAAAUUUGUAUGACAACAUUUCAGCAAUAGGUUUCUUAGCGGAUUCUCCAGCGCUGUGACUGCCUGAAGCUCUGGGGAGAAGUUUGGCAGUGAAGGCCCCAUUAUUGCAAAUUUACAUGUUCUCAUUUAUCAUAAUUUUUUCAAAAACUCUUGAUAUUUGAUAAUUACCUCCUUAUUUCAUAUAUUUGAAUAGAUGACCGACACAUUCCUACCAAAUUUAGACUCAUCGAACUGGAAGUUUUUGAGGGGGAAGGGGUUACUUUGGAGAUUAACUCAGUAAACAUGUGAUUGUAGAAAUAAGAGUUAAAAAAUAUUCUUUUUUUAAUUACUUCUUGGGUUUCAGUGAAAAGUGGCAAGUCUUAAUUUAUGAAGUGUAAUUGCUUUCAUGAAUAUAUGUUGCUGGAAAAGGGACCAAGGUUUAAAAAAUAUUAUGAAAUGGUCCAAAAUAGGGCAAAGAUUUAUUAGAUACUUUCCAGGGCCCUUAAACAGGCCCAAAGGCCUAACCCCUGCUGCAGGGACUUCUUGCUUCACGCUCGUAUUGUGUGCUUUCUGCACAUAUUUUACCCUUCGUGAUAGGUUUCAGUUUUUUUUUAGGUGAUCGAGUGGCAUCCCUCAUAUAUACACAAAGACAUCUUUUUCUUGCACUAACCAUAUAAUCUUUUAAUGGAUCAUUUUCAUACUUGGCUAAUGUAGGAUUGACAAUGAUUUCAUGGGAUUUUGAGUGUACAAGGUCAUAGGUCUUUACAUACAUUAAAAUAUCUUGUUCUUAUGAAAACCAAUUAUCCACCUGACGGACCAACUUCAAAUCUUAACUCAUGUAUGUGAUGAUCUGAGAUUUUGGUCACAAGGACAAAGUUCAAAGGUUACUCAUGCCAUCAUAAAAACAAAAAGUUAGGUACAUAUUUCUGAUCUGGCAAUGGCAGAGGUACAAAUUUCAGUCAAGAAUCCAUUUAAUUUUGUAAUUAUUUUUUUUCAUAGAAAAACUUUAUGGUAGAUAAUUUUUUUUUUGUAACAUAUGCUAUCUUGAUGAAAAAUAAAAUGAGAUAUUGAUAUUUUAGAAGAUGACCUUUCAAUUAUGUUUUUAGGUAUGAAUUAUAAGAUUGAUGUACCAUAUUCCUUCUAAAGCAAAAAAAAAUAUUGAUUUUAUUUAUGUAUUUUAGUCCCUAUGACACUCUGUUCUGUUUUGUUUCUAAUACAGGUGGAAAAGGCCAUAAGCAAGCACAAAGAAGGGCUUGUUGAGAAGAGAUAUCAUUACAAUAUGGGCCUGAUCAUUAGUGAAGUUCGUCAGAAACUAAAGUGGGCAGAUGGUAAGGCUAUCAAGACAGAAGUUGAUAUGCAAGUGACCAUUCUUCUUGGUCCUAAAACAGAGGCAGACAUGGUGAAACCAAGCAAGGAUGGAAAGAAAGAGAAAUCUAGCAGUGAUAGCAAAGGCAAAUCAGUCAAGAAAUCAAAAGAAGAAGAGAAGAAGUCUGAACCUGAGAAAGAAUUAGAAUCUCCUGCUGAACAAAAAUCAUUCUCAUCUGUCAAUCAACUAAUGGGUGAAGCUGUCAAAUUUCACAAACCAGGUGAAAAUUAUAAGACUGAUGGAUAUGUGAUUACACCCAGGACGAUGGAACUACUUCAAGAGCACUUGAAAAUCACAGGAGGACAGGUUCGCACUCGCUUUCCACCUGAACCUAAUGGCAUUCUUCACAUUGGACAUGCAAAGGCGAUCAACUUUAACUUUGGUUAUGCAAGGGCCAAUGGAGGCAUUACAUUCCUGCGUUAUGAUGACACCAACCCUGAGAAGGAAGAAGAGAAGUUCUUUACCGCAAUCUAUAAUAUGGUGACUUGGCUUGGUUAUCAACCCUACAAGGUCACUCAUGCAUCAGAUUACUUUCAGAAUCUAUAUGAUCUAGCUGUGGAACUCAUCAAAAGAAAUCUUGCCUAUGCAUGUCAUAUGAAAUCAGAAGACCUGAAAGGAUUCAAUGUACAAGAUUCACCAUGGAGAGAUAGGCCUGUAGAAGAAAGUCUGAGACUUUUUGAGGAUAUGAAGAAAGGCAAGUUUGAAGAAGGUGAAGUGACACUACGUAUGAAGACCACGCUCGAAGAGGGCAAGAAGGAUCCAGUAGCUUACCGUAUCAAAUACACUCCUCAUCAUAGAACUAAAGAUCAAUGGUGUAUAUAUCCAACCUAUGACUACACUCAUUGUCUAUGUGAUUCCAUUGAACACAUCACUCAUUCACUAUGCACAAAGGAGUUCCAGUCAAGACGUUCUUCCUACUACUGGUUAUGCAAUGCUGUUGAUGCCUACUGUCCAGUGCAGUGGGAGUAUGGUCGUCUUAACAUGCACUAUACUGUGGUCUCUAAGAGAAAGAUAGGCAAACUUAUUUCAGCUGGUAUCGUCAGAGACUGGGACGAUCCUAGGUUAUUUACUCUUACCGCUCUGAAACGAAGAGGCUUUCCACCUGAAGCUAUUAAUAUGUUCUGUGCAAGGAUUGGAGUGACCAUGUCUAAGGUAGCAUUUGAUCUAUCUAUGCUGGAGGCCUGUGUGAGAGAGGUUCUCAAUAAUACUGCAAAGAGAGUUAUGGCUGUUCUUGAUCCUAUCAAAGUCACCAUAUCAAACUUCCCUGAUGCAAAGGCUCGAUUGCUGGAUGUACCAAACAUCCCACAUGAUCAAUCUCAAGGAACUCAUUCAAUCCCAUUCUCAUCUGUGAUCUACAUAGAAAGAUCAGACUUUCAACAGAAAGCAGAGAAGGGUUACAGACGUUUGACUCCUGCACAGCCUGUUGGUCUGAAAUACACUGGGAAUGUACUCAAUGUAGAAUCGGUGGUUUGUGAUAACAGCGGAAAGGUGACUGAGCUCAAAGCUAGGAUUACACCCCUUGAAGAAACCGUUAAACCCAAGGCAUUCAUACAUUGGGUCUCAAAUCCCAUCUCAUGUGAAGUCAGAAUCUAUGAAAGACUUUUCAAGCAUAAGAACCCUGAAGACCCUGAAGAGGUACCAGGAGGUUUCAUCACAGAUUGCAAUAAGGACUCUUUGACUGUGAUGAAUGAAACACUAAUUGACCAAUCAGUGAAAGGUGCAAAGAUUUAUGAUAGAUUCCAGUUUGAAAGGAUUGGCUUCUUCUCCAUUGAUACAGAUACUACAGAUAAUAAGCUGGUCUUCAACAAAACAGUAGCCUUGAAAGAGGACUCAGGGAAGAACUGACAUUGAUUCAUUCUCCACUCAAGACUCUUUUUCUCAGAUUCUUCAUCUUCCUCUAUUCAACAACUUCUAUAGAGUAUUUUUUUUAUACGCCCGUCCUAGACGGGACGUAUUAUGGUAUCACACUCGGUGUCCGUCUGUCCAUUAACUUUUCCUUGUAAAUGCAAUAACUACAGUUUGACUUAACCUAGGCUCAUAUAAUAUGGUGUGUAUGACAAUAGCAUGGAUCCCAGGAGUCUUUUGAUUUUGAGGUAAAAAGGUCAAGGUGACAGUGACAUGUUUUCAUCUUACCGUUCUUAAGUCGUUGCAAAUGCAAUAACUUAAGUUUAACUUAACCAAGGCUCAUAUAAUUUUGUUUGUAUGAUACUAGCAUGGAUCCCAGGAAGGCUAAUGAUUUUGAGGUCAAAGGUCAAGUCGCCACUUUUCACUUUCUUGCUUGACCAAUAACUCCUUUUUUGGUGUUACAGGCAGGCGUAUUAUGUGCUCGUAGCGACACUCUUGUUUUUUGUCUCACCUGCAUAGCAGAGUGAGACUAUAGGCGCCGCUUUUCCGACGGCGGCGGCGGCGUCAACACCAAAUCUUAACCUGAGGUUAAGUUUUUGAAAUGACAGCAUAACUUAGAAAGUAUAUAGACCUAGUUCAUGAAACUUGGCCAUAAGGUUAAUCAAGUAUUACUGAACACCCUGCCUGAGUUUCAUGUCACAUGACCAAGGUCAAAGGUCAUUUAGGGUCAAUGAACUUAGACCAUGUUGGGGGAAUCAACAUCAAAAUCGUAACCUAAGGUUAAGUUUUUGAAAUGUCAUCAUAACUUAGAAAAUAUAUGGACCUAGUUCAUGAAACUUAUACAUAAGGUUAAUAAAGUAUGACUGAACAUCCUGCAUGAGUUUCACGUCACAUGACCAAGGUCAAAGGUCAUUUAGGGUCAAUGAACUUUGGCCGAAUUGGGGGUAUCUGUUGAAUUACCAUCAUAACUUUGAAAGUUUAUGGAUCUGAUUCAUGAAACUUUGACAUAAUAUUAAUCAAGUAUUACUGAACAUCCUGUGCAAGUUUCAGGUCACAUGAUCAAGGUCAAAGGUCAUUUAGGGUCAAUGAACUUUGGCCAAAUUGGGGUAUUUGUUGAAUUACAGCCAUAAAUUUGAAAGUGUGUUGGUCUAGUUCAUUAAACUUGGACAUAAGAGUAAUCAAGUAUCACUGAACAUCAUGUGCACAUUUUAGGUCACAUGACCAAGGUCAAAGGUCAAUGAACUUUGGCCAUAAUGGGGGUAUCUGUUGAAUUACCAUCAUAACUUUGAAAGUUGAUGGAUCUGACUCUUGAAACUUGGACAUAAGACUAAUCAAGUAUCACUGAACAUCCUGUGCGAGUUUCAGGUCACAUGAUCAAGGUCAAAGGUCAUGUAAUGUCAAAGAACUUUGGCCACGUUGGGGGUAUUUGUUGAAUUGCCAUCAUAUCUCUAUAAGUGUAUUGGUCUAGUUCAUAACACGUGGAAAUAAGAGUAACCAAGUAUCACUGAAUAUCUUGUGCGAGUUAUAGUAGUUUUCAAAAUCAGCACUGCUGCUAUAUUGAAUCGCGUGAUGCAGGUGAGACGGCCAGAGGCAUUCCACUUGUCAAAUCAUUUCAUUUAUUUAUUGAUUUUGGGGGGUUAACUAAUUUGCUUAUCUUUAUACUUCAUCAUCGUAACUUAUAGAGUAGAUUAUGUGUAUUCUGUUCUAUCUUCCAAUUUUGUCAUUAAUGUAAUAAUGCAGUUUGUUGUCCAGAUGAAGAUUAGAAACACUAUACAAGUCAUAAAACUUUUUAUCAAUUCAAGUCUAGGGCAAUUUUGGUAACAUACUUGAUGUCUAUGAAUGAUAUGAAGAAAAGAUCAGAAAAUAAAACUAAGUUCUUUUUUAAUUGUCUAAGAGAGAAAAAAAGGCCUAGUUGUAUUUUUCUGGAUGUCAUGGAUUAAUAUUUCCAUAAAUUGUUAACAGUAUUGUGAAGCAAUUUGGCAAAAGCAUUGUUUAAGGUAGGUACAGGUACCUUGUGCAAAUUUCCCCUUUAAUUCUCAUAUUGUUUUUCUUCAAAUGUUAAAAGUUUUAUUUCUUGAGACAUAUCAUUACUGAUAUAAAUCUAUGGUAUAUAGUCAUCCCUUGCACCCUUCAUAUCAGCCUUUAAUCUAUCUUGGAAUGAUUCAGAAUAUAUGAUAGAAAAAAAAUUAUGAAGUGAAAAGUGGUAUAUGGCAGGCUGAAUGUUCAUCUUUUGUUUUAUAUGGGGCUUUCCGUACCAGUAUAUUAAUAUUCUGAAUGAAAAUAUUGUCAUGUUUUUUUUUGGGGGGGGGGGAUGGGGAGGCAUAGAUGAAAGGGAUGAUAAAGUAAGCUAGUGAACACUGUCUGCAAUAUAUAAUUUUGUAUAGUUAUUCUUAUUCAUGCACAUGGGCAGAGCUGCCAACUAUUAGGAAAAAGUCAUAAUUAUUUUUCUUUUCAUGUCAAAUUAUGCCUUUAUGCUUUUGACCUUAUUUAUUACUCUUUUUGAGGGCAAAUAAGUAUGUUAACAUUAAAUGUAUAGGCCUAGUAAUACAUUGGACAGUGGUGAACUCAUCUGUAGGUUGCCAAUGAUGCUCGCUAUUUGCAUGAUCCUGUAUCUUUGUUUAAAUUGCUUUGAAUGUUGUCAUCACAUGCUUAAAUACUGACUCGAUCUUGCAGUUUUUUGUCUUGCCUGCAUAGCAGAGCAAGACUAUAGGCGCCGCUUUUCCGACGGCGGCGGCGGCGUCAACAUCAAAUCUUAACCUAAGGUUAAGUUUUUGAAAUGACAUCAUAACUUAGAAAGUAUAUGGACCUAGUUCAUGAAACUUGGACAUAAGGUCAAUCAAGUAUUACUAAACGUCCUGUGUGAGUUUUAGGUCACAUGACCAAGGUCAAAGGUCAUUUUGGGUCAAUGAACUUAGACCAUGUUGGGAGAAUUAUUUUCAAAAUCUUAACCGAAGGUUAAGUUUUUGAAAUGACAUCAUAACCUAGAAAGUAUAUGGACCUAGUUUAUGAAACUUGGGCAUAAGGUUAAUCAAGUAUUAGUGAACAUCCUGCUCUAGUUUCAGGUCACGUGACCAAGGUCAAAGGUCAUUUAGGGUCAAUGAACUUUGGUCAAGUUGGGGGUAUUUGUUGAAUUACUAUCAUAACUUUGAAAAUUUAUGGAUCUAGUUCAUGAAACUUGGACAUAAGGUUAAUCAAGUAUGAGUGAACAUCCUGCCUGAGUUUCAGGUCACAUGACCAAGGUCAAAGGUCAUUUAGGGUCAAUGAACUUUGGCCAAGUUGGGGGUAUUUGUUGAAUUACCAUCAUAACUUUAAAAAUUUAUGGAUCUAGUUUAUGAAACUUGGACAUUAGGUUAAUCAAGUACCACUGAAUAUCCUGUGCGAGUUUCAGGUCACAUGACCAUGGUCAAUGGUCAUAAGGUCAAUGAACUUUGGCCGUGUUGGGGGUAUUUGUUAAAUUACAUGUACCAUCCUAACUCUGAAAGUUUAUGGAUCUAGUUCAUAAAACUUGGACAUCAGAGUAAUCAAGUAUCACUAAACAUCCUGUAUGAGUUUCAGGUCACAUGACCAUGGUCAAAGGUCAUUAAAGGUCAAUGAACUUUGGCCGUGUUGGGGUAUUUGUUAAAUUACUAUCCUAACUCUGAAAGUUUAUGGAUCUAGUUCAUAAAACUUGGGAUAUAAGACUAAUCAAGUAUCACUGAACAUCCCCUGUGAGUUUCAGGUCACAAAACCAAGGUCAAAGGUCAGUUAAGGUCAAUAACAAUAAACUUAGGCUAUGUUGGGGUAAUUGUUGAAUUGCUAUCAUAACUUUGAAAGUUUAUGGAUAGAGUGAAUGAAAUGUGGACUUGGGUGUAGUUGACAAGUCUUAAGUCACCGUUCAAAUGUCAUUUAUGGUCAAUGAACGUGGUAUUAUGUCAUUAUAUGAAUGGUGUUUUUGUGAAUGAUUAUUUUAUAGUAGUUUUCAAAGUUAGCACUGCUGCUAUAUUAAAUCGCGUAAUGCAGGCGAGACUGCCAGAGACGUCCCACUUGUUCCUCUUUGAUUUGUCAUGGAUUUACACAAAAGAGAGAAUAACAGAGAUGAUUAUGAAUCUAAGCCAUAAAAGAAAGAGGAUUCAUUUUUUUAAAGGAAUUUUUUCUUCAUAUUACAUGUACCUCUCCAAAGAAAUUUAUAAUACUGCGUGGCACAUAUUUAAUUAUUACAUUUAUGUCAAAAUUAUGACUUUUGAGUUUCUGGAUUACUACUUUUUACUUUAAAAGGUUGGCAGCUGUGCAUGGGAUGUGGAAACGUUGGAGAUGAUGAUUAAUAAACAAUAUAUUUUCAAAAAGGUGGUAUAUUGGUUUGAAAAUGAUCAAGGAAAAUAAUAGCAUUGGUGACCUAGCCCCAUCUGUCAAGGCUCACUACCAGAUCCUCUGCCAUGCUUGAAACUUGUAUUUCAUAUCAAUCUUGAUUUCUAAAGGUUCUGGGUAGUACACUCUGAUGUGCCCUGAAUGGACAGUUAUUGAUCCAAAACAACUGAAUCAGAAAUUAAUUAAAUCCACCCAACCACUUCAUUCAAAUACUUUGACAAAUGAUCAAUAGAAAAUUUUUAUUUUUCUUGUGAUGCAAUAUUAUUUAUUUAUUUUUUUGCACAAUGUGUAUUUGGUAAAAAGAAAUUAACUCGUAAAGACCACAUCUUGGUAAUGAUUUGGGCCUUGAAUAGCCUUUUCAUUGGUCUUUCCAUUAAAUUUAAGAUCACUUUCAAUUUAUUCAGGUUUAUUUUUUACCCCUUCCAAUACAAUUAAAGUUUGAAGAGGGUAUAGGAAUUAGCAUACGGUCAGGCGGUCAAUCUAUUUCAAAUGUUGCGGUUUUUAACUAAUUCUAAUGAAAUUUUGCAUUGAUGUAAAGAUGUUCAAGACACAUUUUUGGCACAUGUUGGAAGUUAGCAUGUUAUGACUCAAAACUCAAGAAAACUAAUUGGACCAGCACUCAUGAAAUUUGGCACAAGCAUUGGUCUCUGGAUGAAGUCAUGCCAGACCCAAUUCUAAAUGUGUUUGGAACUGCAUUGUCAAGGCAACAGCAUGGAACAGGGGUAUUAUAAUUAAUCGCCUUCAGUGAUAUUACUAGUUAUUCAUGAAACCGAUUCCUUUAUGUACAAAAUGUAACACUGCAGAGCAAAAAAAAUUGGUGUCUUUUUCAUUUUAAAAUUUUAAAUGGGCUCUUACAAAGAUUUAGUUUCUAUUUUUUGUGCCGUAUUGAAAGAACUAGAUUGAAAAAAUGGUAUGUUUUGCAUCCUUUUCAUUAUAUGUCCUUGUAAUAUUUGUGCAAGAUACAUAUCACCAUUUUUUUUGUUCAAAAUUUGCAAAAUAAAAGCAAAGAUAAGA